UACGGUUCGAAAAUUGAACGGCGAAGAUCAUUAGGAGUACCUAUGGACCUGUGGUGUGAAACAAGCAAACGAUUUCUCGUUACUCAUUAGGGUUUUGUCACCUCUCCAAAUUUUUUCGCAGUGAAAGGCGCCAAAGCCAGUCGCAUCGCCGAGCUUGGAAGUUGGAAACUUGGAACCAGAAGCAAAAUGCCGUCGCACAAGACCUUCAGAAUCAAGAAGAAACUGGCGAAGAAGAUGAGGCAGAACAGGCCCAUUCCACACUGGAUCCGUAUGAGGACGGACAACACCAUUAGGUAUAACGCGAAACGCAGGCACUGGCGCCGUACGAAGCUAGGGUUUUAAUAUGUUGUAGCAGAUUUCCACCUUUCUGCUUUCGCUCGCGUCCUUUUGUCAAAUUAGGAUUUUUAAGACACGAUGAAAGUAAGAGCGAUGUUCUCCGAUAUCGUUAUUGUGUACGCUAAUCUGUUAGAGUUAGUAUUUAUUUAUCUUGUACUUCUUAAUUCAAGGUUGGUUCUCAUGGUCUUAGUUUGGGAUUGUGUGCUUCAAUUUGUUUGCCGUGUUUGUGUUAGAAGAAUUUUCUAGUUGGAAAUGGCUAGCGAGAUGCAUUAUCUUAAAGCUA